GCCGUAGGGGUGAAGAAGACUCGUCCAUCCAUACUGUGGAAUCGACGAGGGCUACCCGUGUGUGUGCGUGCUGAACUUCUUACGCACCGUACGUAGCCGCACCUCGCUCAUGGGAGGAGGUUUAAGGUUAAUCAUUGCCGGAGAUUUUUUGCAGCCUAGGAAACGCAUUCCGCCAGCAGACAAAUGCCAAGAGCUUGCCAAGACCAACACCAUUCUCGCGGCGACACGCGAGUGGGCCAUACUUCACCAUCACGGCUGCAGCCUGGGACCCAAGCAUCGACUACCAGCGCCUUGCGUCUCCAGCCUCCUGAUAGGAGGUGUCCAGUCGGGGCGGCUGUCACCAGUCCUGAAAGCGGGGCAGGUGCCGCUCCGAAACGUCGGCUCGCGUUCGCCGCGAGGUUAAAAUUAAAACAACAUCGCGUCCCUCUUAACAACAAACGCAGGGCCAUGGCUGCAAGAGCGCAUCUCACUGCACAAACCAACGUCGAGCAGCAGGAGCAGCAUCAUCAGCAGGAGCAGCACCAUCAGCUGGAGCAACAGCAGCAAGCUCAUCAGCAGCACAACCGGCUUCAGGUUCCAGCCAUAGCCCCGAGCCUCAGCCCCUCUCGUCGCAGCUCGGUGCAGCUGUCGGUGCCAUCGCGGCGAGAAUCGGUCUCCAUGAACCUCCACCACCAUCAUCAUCAUCAGCAGCAUCAUCAGCAGCAGCAGCAGGACCAACGCCGGCUGUCCGUCGCAUCGUGGAUGCUGCUGCCCCAGAGCCGCGUGAGCUUCUCGGGCCUCCCGUUGCCCCCGGCGCAGGGCGACUGGCGUCAGGAGCCCUGCGAGAAUUCGUACCGCCUGGGCCCUGCGGCGGGAGCGGCCUUCUCGGCCGCCAAAGUCCGCCGGGUCGUGGAGGAGCUCCUCAGCGGCCACCUGCACCACGCGAGCUACCAGCAGGCGAGGUGUGGGGGGACGGCUCGCGCCCUCACCGAGGCCAUCAGGGAGCGCGUGAAGGGGCUCGGCUUCGGCAGGCACAAGCUCGUGUGCUGCGUGGCGAUGGCCGACGCGGCGGGCCAGGGCCUCGGCGUGGCCGGCCGGUGCCUCUGGGCCGAGGGCACGGACGGAGCGGCCAGCGCCACCUUCGCGUCCGCCCACGUGGUGGCCGUCGCGUCCGUGUACGGCCUCUACCACGAGUGA